UAAAUAAACAAAUAAAUACAAUAAGAAAGAAGAAGGUUCGGCGACGUGAAUAAUAGUCCACGGUCUGAAUUCUAUACCCCAAAACAUUUUUCCUAUAUAUAUUAUUCCCUACAAUGACAUAUAGCUAUAACCAAGGAAAUGGCUUCGUCGAUUCUCUCACAUUCUCCCUCCACCACCACCGCCGCCACCGCCGCCGCCCCCCAUUCCUCUCCAUUCUUGCUCAAACCAAAGCAUAUCCCGACGAGUAGCAAAAAUCCCAGCCGCAGCUAUAAGAUCUCAUGCAAAUCCUCAAACCAUGAUCACGAAUCUCCACCACCCCCAUCCAAGUUUGACAGAAGAAAUCUACUAAUCGGCCUCGGAGGACUGUACGGCGCCACCACCCUCGCCACCUCCCCCUUCUCCUUCGCCGCCCCCAUUUCCGGGCCCGACGUCACACAAUGCGGCCCCGCAGACCUCCCCGCGGGCGCCACCCCCACAAACUGCUGCCCUCCCCUAACCGGAGAAAUCCUCGACUUCCAGUUCCCCCCGCCGCCGGCGAAGCUCCGCAUCCGCCCCGCCGCCCACCUAGCCGACGACGCCUACAUCGCGAAAUUCAAUAGAGCCGUGGAGCUGAUGCGCGCCCUCCCCGACGACGACCCCCGCAGCUUCAAGCAGCAGGCCAACGUCCACUGCGCCUACUGCGACGGCGCCUACGACCAAGCCGGCUUCCCCGACCUCGAGCUCCAGGUCCACAACUCAUGGCUCUUCUUCCCCUUCCACCGCUACUAUCUCUACUUCUACGAGAGGAUCCUCGCCAAAUUAAUCGACGACCCCUCCUUCGCCAUGCCCUACUGGAACUGGGACGCGCCUGCGGGAAUGCCCAUCCCGCGCAUCUACGCAAACCCUAGCUCCGCCCUCUACGACCCGCUCCGCGACAAGGCGCACCAGCCGCCGGCGCUCGUCGACCUCAACUACAGCGGCACCGAUCCCGCCACCACCGCCAAUCAGCAAGCGCAGACAAACUUAACCGUCAUGUACAGGCAGAUGGUUUCCAACUCCAAAACCCCUCGCCUCUUCUUCGGCAGCCCCUACCGCCGCGGCGAGGACCCCAACCCGGGCGGCGGCUCCAUCGAGGGGAUCCCCCACGGCCCGGUUCACGUCUGGACCGGCGACCGGACCCAACCCAAUACAGAAAACAUGGGAAAUUUCUACUCCGCCGCUCGUGAUCCCAUUUUCUACGCUCAUCACUCCAACAUCGAUAGGAUGUGGAGCGUGUGGAAAACCCUAGGCGGCCGCCGCCAGGACAUAACGGAUCCUGAUUUCCUCGACGCGGCGUUCCUUUUCUACGACGAGAACGCGAAAAUGGUUCGGGUCAAGGUAAGGGACUGUUUGGACCCGAGGAAACUCGGGUAUGCCUAUCAAGAUGUGGAGAUUCCAUGGGCCAACAGCCGCCCGACGCCGCGGGUUUCUUCGGUGUUGAGGAAGCUGAAGAAGCUGGGGAGAGCGAAGGCGGCGGACGCGCAGAGCCCUAGGGAGGUGUUUCCGGCGAAAUUGGACCGGGUUUUGAAGGUGAUGGUGAAGAGGCCGAAGAAGAAGAGGAGCAAGAAGGAGAAGGAUGAGCUGGAGGAGAUCUUGGUGAUCAAAGGGAUUGAAGUUGAUCGUGAUACUUACGUGAAGUUCGACGUGUACAUCAACGACGAGGACGACGAGAUCACGACGGCGGAGAACACGGAGUUCGCCGGAAGCUUCGUGAACGUGCCGCACAAACAUAAGCAUGAUAAGAAGAUUAAGACGCAGCUGAGGUUGUCGAUCUCGGACAUUUUGGAAGACCUCGACGCCGAGGAUGAUGAACACGUCUUGGUCACUUUGGUCCCCACCAACGCCGGCGACGCCAUUACCAUUCAUGAUAUCAAGAUCGAGCUUGAUGACUGAUGUCAUUCAUUUCCCUAUUAACUUCAAAAAUAAAUGUAUUAUUUCCCGUGGUUUUUUAAUUCCAUCCACGUAACAUUGACUUUACUGUUUUCGCAGUGAAAAAAUAAUGGAAAAAAGUUGCCCCAAUAUCAAUUUAUUUGAA